UAGUAGUACGGAGGACGGAGCGCGAAUCGGAUCGGAUGCGGGUCCAAGUCGGGAUUGGCGGUAGCCAUCUCGGCGAUUGUGUGCUGUGCCGCCUGAUAAUCGCUAUCUGGCCAAAACGAGACAACUCUUGAACUGUGAAAGGAAAUUGUGAAGGAAAGUUGCGCCGGCGCAUGGAAAAUCCUUUAAAUAUGUUUAACCACAAACGUGACGGGAGUUUAACCAACACAAAAGCCGGGUACGGGUUUGGGUUCGGGUGCGGGUGCGGGUGCGUGUGGCGCCGGCGUAGGCAAGGGAAUCCCCCGGUGUCCCAGCACGCCCACUCCUACCUCAGGAUCCUCCUCCUCGUACUCCUCCUCCUUCUUCUCCGACGACGAAAGAGUUGUGAUCUGUGUGACACUUUCAUUUGGUUGUGUUAACGCCCCCCCAACCACACACACAAACACAUAGCAGACUCACACACAUGCAGAGAAUAUCCAGAUUGCAGAUUUCAGGGGCGAUUCCCUGGCAAUCAUCGAAAUUUAACGGUUGCUUAACGCUCGCGUGUGCUAGUGUGUGUGUUCUAGUGUGUGUGUGUUUGCCAGAUGCCUGAUCCGAAGGUUCGCUCGCUCGUUCGUUCGGUCAUCAUUGAAUCGAUGUAAGCCACAUGUGUGUGCCGUGCCGAUGUGUGUCAAACGCCCCUCAUAAUUGACGCGGAUCUAUCCACACACGAAUUUCUGGACUCUAGAAUCUCAUCAUGGAUCGCAUCUCGCUCUAGCGGCUGGAACCAAAAGUAUUCCCCAUUGCCAUGGGUAUACUAUGCAUGUACGAUGUGUGGCACCGUCUGGUCGUCCAUUUGCGCUCGCCAACGGUCGAGCCCCAAGAGCCCCAGUGGCUCCAGUUUGUUUGAAAAACUCGCCGGACACGGACACGUACGCCGGAUCAGAGCGCGGAUCGAUUUAUUAGUGGGACACGAGACUCUGGGACUCUGGACGCGCGCGAGUUUUUUGUGGGAGCCAGAGAGUGGGGAGUACAUAGACGAUGACCAAGACCACUAAGCCCAAGGAGAAGGGGCCGUCAACGCCGGCGCGUGCUUCCACCAAUUUGCUUGCAAAUGCGGCCAAAAUGAAGAUCACCAAAGCCCUGUCCAAUGCCAAGACGCAGCAGCAGAACAAGCAAGGACGUGCUGCUGCAUCAGCAACAAAAGAACCAAAGCAACAAGAGACAACAGCAACAGGAUCAAAUGCAGCAGCAACAACAACAGCAAAUGCAGUCGAAGCGGCAGCAGCGAAAGAGACGACUAUAUCAGCUCUUGCGACCGAAACGGAGCCUACGACAGAGGCCGAGACAGAGACAGAGACUCGGUCCGCCGCCACCGCCGACGACAAUGAGGCAGCGCCGACGUCGGCGUCGGCCACAAAUUUAUCGUCAUUUGAGUCCGCGCGUUUGCAGGCUCACACUUCAGUUGCAUCGAAACUCACAAACGAAACGGUUACCACCAGCGACACUCUAACAGUAGAUUCCGCAGCUGAAGCCACAUCAGUUACCGCAGAGAUCGAGAGAGAUCCUAAUCGUGAAGCGGCGGCGCUAAACAACGGUACUCAAGAGAGCAACAACGCGAGUGAAAGUGUCGAUAAUAAGAUCAAAGUAAUAAACUAUGCGCAUCAGCAGCACCAACAAAUCUACGAUCAGCAGCAACAACAACAACAACAACAGCAACAACAGUUUCUCAGUCAGCAAUUAAUACAAGAACAACAGCACCAACAGGAGCAACGUUGGUUGGCCUACGAUUUGACAAGCGGAUCCGCAGCAGCUGUGCAAGCAGUCCAAGCAGUGGAGCAAAAGCCAACCGAUUUGUAUGCGUUGGCAGCCUCGCAUCAUUUCUUCGGACAUCUGAGCUAUCCGCCACCGCAUCCACCCGCACAGCUGUACGAACACUACCAGAGCAUCACCGGCGCAAGCACGGAUCCAUCCAUAAUGAGGAAUAACUUUGCGCUGUACAGCGUCUAUGGUGGGGGAGGAGGAGGAUCGGCGGGAGGAGUAGGAGCAGGAGGAAUGAUCACUCACGAUCAUGUGGUGGCAGCCGCCGCAGCGGCAGCGAAUGCCCAGAAUACGCCCAACAUUGACGAGGUCAUCCAGGACACACUGAAGGAUGAGUGCUUCGAUGAUGGGCACAGCACCAGCUACCACAUGCUUACCUCCGUCUCAGAUUUGCAUUCCCUGAAGGAUCCCAGUCCCACCAUUUACUCGCUGACACACCAGCAACAGCAGCAGCAGCAACAGUUGCAACAACAAUUGUACCACCACCAACAACAGCACCACCAUCACAACAUUUCCGCCAGUUCGGCAGGAGGGGAUUCCCCCUCGUCAUCAUCGCAUGCAUUGUCCUCGCUCCAGAGCUUCACGCAGCUGACGAGCGCCGGCCACCGGGACAGCCUCUCGCCGGAACAGCAUGGGGGAUACUUCAGUCCCAGCCUGCAGACAACCAGUUCCGUGUAUGCGGGACCCCUGCUUACCCAAGCGGCAAAUGGCAUGCAGUACGGAAUGCAGUCUCCAAACCACGCCCAUGCGCAUCUGCAGCAGCAGCAGCAUCCCCAUCAGCAGCAGCAUCAUUCCCACCAGCAGCAGCACAAUCCUCAACAGCAACAGCAGCAGCAGCAGCAGCUCCAUCAGCAUCACAAUUCUAGCAGCAGCAGCCCAGGACCAGUGGGCCUGGCCACUGGAACGACUGUCAAUGGCAGUGGGCUCCUGGACGAUGGCUAUGGCUCGCCAAAGAGCAGCCACAGCGGCGGCGGAGGAGGAGGUGGAAGCGUCGGCGGUGGCACAUUGCCCGCCUUCCAGCGCAUUGCAUCGGCGAGCAGCGGCUGGGCAGCAGCUGGGAGUUUGCGUGCAGCAGGAGCGCGUGAUGUUGCUGCCGCAACUGGUUGCUGUGCGUCGUCUGGCGGCUCCAAUGGCUCCUCGGUGGUCAGUGGAGCUGAACGAUCCGCUGGCUACGCAUCGCUGGUCAAUUAUCGCACUCAGAACGAUGCCUGGCCGGGUCAUUACGAGCCAAUCAGUUACGCUGCAGCCACCGCAUCCGGUGUCCAGACGCAGCUCGGCAGCGGCCUUGGUGGGGCCGGCGUAGUCACGAAUGUGAUCCGCAACGGCCGAGAGAUCUUUGCGGCAAAUGCAGCAGCAGCAGCGGCCGUAGAUGGCGCCGCAGGACGAGUGGAUCCAGGAUCCUACCUAACAGCAUCAGCCUCGCUGUCAGCACCAUUUUUCGAUGCCGAUUAUUUCACUGAGGGGCGAGAGUGCGUCAAUUGUGGUGCGAUCCAGACACCGCUGUGGCGACGCGAUAACACGGGACACUAUCUGUGCAACGCCUGCGGCUUGUACAUGAAAAUGAACGGCAUGAAUCGUCCACUAAUAAAACAGCCUAGAAGAUUGAGUGCCUCGAAGCGCGCUGGUCUGUCGUGCAGCAAUUGCCUAACCACCUAUACAUCGUUGUGGCGCCGCAAUCCUGCGGGAGAGCCUGUGUGCAAUGCCUGUGGGUUGUACUUUAAGUUGCACAGCGUCACACGUCCUCUGGCCAUGAAAAAGGAUACCAUUCAGAAACGAAAGCGCAAACCCAAGGGAACAAAGAGUGAAAAGUCCAAGAAAAUGAAAAUGGCACUGAAUGCCAAUCUAGAGGGCGGUGCAGGCGGUGGUGCCGGCUCAGCUGGCUCUGGUUCCCACAAUGUGGGUGGCAUGGGCUUAGAUGUGAAUGAAGAUAUGAAACCAUACAUGCCAUACACCACAACCACAUCGCAACAGCAGCAGCAGCAAUCACAGCAGCAGCAGCAACAGCAGCAUCAUCAGCAGCAACUCAUUGCUGAUCAACAGCAGCAUUCAUCGGCUGCCAGUUCGCCCCAUAGCAUGGCCUCCUCCUCAUUGUCCCCCUCAGCCACAUCACAUUCGCAGUCGCAGUCGCAUUCGCAUCAUCAACAGCAGCAGCAACAUCAGCUGUGCUCUGGCCUGGACAUGUCGCCCACGUCGCCCUAUCAAAUGUCACCCAUCAAUAUGCAGCAGCAGCAACAUUCAUCCCAUCAGCAGCAACAGCAAUCCUGCAGCAUGCAGCAGCAUUCGCCCAGCACUCCCACCUCAAGCACGGCCUCCAUUUACAACACACCAUCACCCACCCAUCAACAUCAUCAACAUAAUAUCCACAAUAACAACAACAAUAGCACAUUGUUCAACAACAACAACAACAACAACCACAACAACAAUAUUAGCAAUGAGAAUAACACGAAAAUUAUACAGAAAUAUCUGCAAUCUCAACCAUUGAACGGGAGCAACAACAGCAACAGCAACAGCGGGAGCACGGAUCUAUUGGCGCACCUAAUGCCGAACUCCAUUACGGCGGCAGCACUAGCAGCAGCAGCAGCAGCACAGACAACGAUCAAGCCAGAAGUCACAUCGUCAGCCACAGCCACAAUCACGGCAUCAACACCGACCACGGCAUCGAGCACAUUAUCCUCACUGAGCCUCAGCAACAGCAACAGCAACAUUAUCAGUCUGCAAAAUCCCUAUCAACAGCUGGGGCUUGGGCAGCAGGCGAUGGCAUUGUCUAAGCAGGGCGGACGCAGUGCUUCCCCGCCCUACUAUCUCACGGAGGAGGAGCAGCACAUAAAACUCGAGCAGAUGGAACAUCAGCAUCAUCAGGAGCAGCCCCACUCGCACACCCUUCAGCAGCAUCAUCAUCAGGGAGAGCUAAUGCUCAGCCGAUCGGGCUCGCUGGACGAGCACUACGAACUGGCGGCCUUCCAGCGGCAGCAACAGGAGCUUCAUCUCCAACAGAGUUUGCUCCACGAGCAGCAAGUCGCUGUGGCCAGCUAUGCCAUGCAGGCCAAGCAGCUGCAGGAGCUGGAGCGUAAGUACGGUGUGGAUCGGGAGACUGUCGUGAAGAUGGAGUAGACGUUGUUCAUCGUCUGAAAAAUGUUGCACUAUAGCAUGACCAAAGAUCCUGUUGUUAAAUCUCAUAGCUCCAAAGAAUUUAUAGCGUGUAUACCCAAGAGCAGUUCUCCAAGAACCCUCCUCUAUCCUCUACUCUCUCUUCUCUGUCUUACACUAACCCUAUCACAUUAUAUAUUCUGUAAAUACGAUUUAAGCAAAUUGAUUCCAUUCGGCGACUCUGUAUCGCGCACUACUCGAAUUUUUCUUUAUUUAAAACUCUAGUUUAAUUCCUAGCAAAAUGCUAAAUUAUCGAUUGCAGAUCCUAGCCUAAUCGCCAGCCAAAGACUUCUUGGUGUGUGGCAUUCGUUUAACUUUUUUUGUAUUUGUUAUCAAAUCGAGUGAAUGAAGAAUACCUUUUGAGAUUUCUCCUACAAUCAAAUUCCACUUAGAUAUAAGAUUAUUAGAUCCUAACUUUAGUUGCGCCACAUAGCGAAAACAAUGACAAAACGAAUAACAAGCGAAACAAGCAACCAUCUCAUGCAAUUUAGUUAAUAAUUUAAAUACAUAUAUUUUAUGCCACUAUACAUGUAGAAAUAUUUAAAGCAAUUUAAGUUUUAGUCUCGUAACACAACACAACACACACACACAUUUUUACAUAAUUUUGCAAUAUUAAUUUUAUUUCUUUUUGAACAAAUAAACGACAAUUGUCUAUUAAUUUCCACAAAUAAGUAUUAAGAGGGUUUGGCCUCCAUGGCGUGUGCUUGA